AUGGGUGCGGGUGAACACCCCCCCAACCCCACACCACCCCCGCCCUCCAAGCCAAAGAACAGGGACCAGAAGGACGCGCCACUAUGCAUCCGGAUCAGCACAGUGAUCACACCUACGCCUAGCGACAAGACGGAAGACUCCCUCACAAGAUACCUGCCAGCAGAAGAAGUCAAAAACCGAGUGGUAAAGGCACUGCGCAAGAACAAGCCAACAGAAGCUGCUGAAAUCGUCGGAAUAGGAACAACGAAAACUGGAUACAUUGAAGCAGCCAACAAGAAUAGCGAAUGGUUAAGGGACCUGGGCGACCAGACAAAAGUGGUCAGACCACGGUUCGGGAUCGUGGUACACCGCACGCCGACCCGCGAGAUUAACCUGACAGACGAUAAGGCCGGAAGCAUCGCCAAAAUAACGGAAGAAAAUGAGCUCACAGAUAAAGGAUUCAAAAUUGUGGAUAUUGCAUGGCUCAAGAGAAGGGACUCCGACCUGGGAGCGUCUGCGUCGCUUGGAAUCUGGUUCGAUAACCUAGAAGCCAUUCAGUGA